GGAGCCGUUUGGUGUGUGGAUGGAGUGAGGACAGAGGGAUUUGGCAGUAGCAGUAGUGGGGCUUGGUACCCAUGCAGAAUUAGCCCUAUCACUGUGCGCAGUUGUUUGGGUCCAGCAUUAUUUUUCAUACCUGUUGUUUGGUCCUGAUUCUGUCUGUCUCAGGAUCGGUGUGUUCCCUGGCCUUCAGGAUGUCCUGACUGGUCCCUUACCCCGGACUCAGGAGUUAACCCCUCCUGGGCUCCGGACCAUGAAAGCGGAGAAAGAGACUGAUCUGAGCCUGCUUUUUGCACCUGGGCUGAGAGAAUCCCAACAUUGUCCUCCAAGGCAGUGAACCAACAUCACUUUUUUGGAAACAAAAUAGCUACCCCAUGGCAUGGAGCUAAGAGCUACCCCGGGACUGUGGAAAGAGAGAAAGUGACAGUCACUCAGCAGCAGCAGAUAACAGUGGUACCUAGCACUAUAUUCCUUACUACACACUUAUCCAGGAUAGUGUCUGGACAUGGGACCAGGGAGUCCGGUGUGAGUGGAGCACGAUACUUGGUCCCUGAGUAUGAGGCCCCUGGUCCCACUGCUUCUGGGGGCCCUAAUUUGGGUCUGUGUCUGGACGGAUGACCCCAGCAAAGUGAUAUCAGAUCGAUAUGCAGUAUACUGGAACAAGAGUAACCCCAGAUUCCACCAUGGUGACUACACUGUGGAUGUGAGCAUCAAUGAUUACCUGGACAUUUACUGCCCCCAUUACGAGAUAUCUCUCCCGUCAGACAGAAUGGAGCGUUACAUUCUCUAUAUGGUCAAUUUUGAUGGCCAUGCCUCAUGUGAUCACCGGCAAAAAGGAUUCAAACGCUGGGAGUGCAACCGUCCAGAUUCUCCUAAUGGACCCUUGAAGUUUUCAGAGAAAUUCCAGCUGUUUACUCCUUUCUCUCUGGGGUUUGAAUUUCGUCCUGGACAUGAGUAUUAUUAUAUAUCAUCCACUCCCCCAAACUUGGUGGAUAAACCCUGUCUCAGGCUGAAAGUUUAUGUACGUCCAACAAAUGAUUCCCUUUAUGAGUCUCCGGAGCCUAUCUUCACCAGCAAUAAUUCGGGCCUAAGCCUCAGGGUUCCUCACCCAAGCCUUGGAUUUCUUCUGUUUUGGACUAUUAUCGUCUUGUAGCUGUUUGAUGGCUUGUAGACAAAGAAAAGAAGGCAGAAACAAAGAAUAAGGCACCCCUGACACCAGGAAAAGGAAGGUUUGAUUUCAGCGCACACACAAAAAAAAAAAAAAGAAUUGGGGCAGCUGAAGUGUCAACAUAUAAGCUUGGACACUAAUGGACAAUCCACAUUUAUUGCUUGUAGGAUGGGGUUCAAUAAAUAUGCUGAUUAAAUUAUGCCCUUGGUUUGGAAAGGUGUGCUGAAGUUUAGAGCUUCCCAAAUAACUUGCUUUCUACAUUUCCAGACCAAAUGUAUAGUCUUUUUAUUUUGUAUUCUUAGUAUGUUUACUGCACUUGCACCAGUAGAAUGACAUAUUUGUAAAGUUUUUUCCAGCUAUCAAAUGGGUUUUGUCUCAUUCUGGUUGUUUACAUCAGAUGUUUUCUUACAUUCUCUUGUCAUUUUUCAUCUCACAUCACCUCCAAAGAUUUUGGAUUUGUCAUGUGAAAUAUUUUGAUGGUACGUGACCUGCAAAAAACGGAGGGACCAAGAUCAGUAUUUCUGCUCCUUAGUUGCAUAGUUACCACGGGCAGCCUAGAUGCUGAUUGUUUGUCUUUUAUAAUGGAUUUCUAGUGCUUCAGUUAUUCACACGAGAAAAUCACACAUCUUAACACACCUAGGAACCUCAGUGUAUUUUUUUUUCCUUUGUAGCAGUUCAGUGCUCUAUCAUUUUGCUCUUUAUGGCAACAAGACCUAAAUGACUAGUGUUAAAUAAUUUACUUUCCGUUCUGAACCAGUACAUUAAGCUCUUAAUCGAAGAAAUGUACCACGUGAAGCCUAUUGAUUCAGCAUCCAGUGUAUCUCCUCUUCUUUCACUAUAGAUUAUUUGUUCUUUGGAGUGGCUAAAGAAAGUCGUGUUGAUAUGAGUAUAGUAAACCUGUAACUAAAGAGAUUUUUAGAAGAAGUUCAGUACAAAAAAAAAGAAUUGAUUUUAUGUUAUAUUUCUCUGUCCAUGUUGUGAUGUCAUCAACCAAACCUUGAAUGUAGAUUAAUUUUUUUUCCUGUAAAACAGUUCAUUUGCGUUAGUGGUUAGUUUGAUGAUUUCACAGAGGGGUAUUGACAACGAAUCUUAAAGCAGAUUUUCUCCAGAUAAACACAUUUGCUGCCAGUUCUACUUGCACAGUGAAUUCAUAACGUUUUACUGUUUACACAUUUUAACCCAAACCACACUUAGGUGACCAGUUCACUUUUGUAUACAGAUAAAAACAAUAACCUUAUUCUUUGUCGUUGGUAUUCUGCGAAUAGAGAAGAUUUUUGGGAAUACAGUAAUGGCACAUUGUAGCAGAGGAUGUUGUGUGCAUUAUUCACUAAUUUCUGUUAAAUUGUAGUGGGAAUAGUUGUACAGUAGUGUUAAAGAUGGAGAAUACAAUGUGUGAGCCAAUAUACUCAUAACAUUUAAAGUUUUAUUAUUUUCAUAUGGAAAAAUUUAAAAUAAAAUAGAAAACCAGAAUAAAAUGUAUAAAGAGAUUAAAAUGCUGAACAACUUGAGGAUUCCCAUAAAAUAAGUUAUACACUUGAACAACAAUUUUCGUAAGACAUUAUUCAGAACAUAGAAUAGGAUUAUCCAAUGGUGCUGACAAAAUUCCAUUUGCCUUUGAUUGUAUUUUUUUAAACUAAAGGCAAACUGGAAGCAGGCACUACGUACUUACCCUCAAUACUAAGCAGUGACUUUGAUUGUAAAGUGAACCUUACAAAGUGCACCUUAAAGGUGUUUCUGACUUGCACUUCUGCUCCUUGUGCUGGUCUGUCUUCUCCACUUAAUACUCUCUAUUGCAUUUUUAUUACAUAAAAAAAGAUAAUGAUGUAGUUUCUCAAGUUCCUGCAAUCCAGUGGCAAAUAAAGAUUUAAAACGUGUCUGUUUUAUUCUCCUCAUGUGAUUAUCCUACAUCAUUGCACAUCAUUGCUGAAUAUAUGUCUCCCUGCAUUAGGGGCAAGUCCCAGACAUUUCAUACAUGUGUGUAAAUAGAGCCAGCAGGUAAACUGUGAUUUUCUAUGUAUUGCUGACAAUGAAUUUUAUGGAAGUUGUAUGAUUUAUAGACUAGGAAGCAAAAACUUGCAAUAAAAUACAUUUUAUCCA